AUGUCAAUUGAUUCAGCAAACGAUCCACAACUUAAGCAAGAACCUUCGGCUCCGUCGAAUAAUAAUACUACUGCUACUACUACUCAACCAGUAUCAUCUACUAGCAGUACAACAACUCAAUUGGUUCCUCCCCAUCCAAUUGAACAAGCAUGCGACUCGUGUCGGAAACGCAAAUUGAAAUGUUCAAAAGAGUAUCCACGUUGCACCAAAUGUAUUCAGCACAAAUGGUGUUGCACAUAUAGUCCAAGAACUAUAAGAUCUCCAUUGACAAGAGCCCAUUUAACAGAAGUGGAGAAUAGAGUUGCUCAAUUGGAAUCUAUUCUAAAUUAUUUGCUACCUCCAAAUACUGACAUUGACGAUUUGAUUAAAAAUAAGACAUUAUUAGAACCAAUUAAGCAAAAUAUCACCAAACUUGCAUCCUGCGAGAGUGAGAGCACUAAUGGUAACAAUAUUCCAAAAGAGGAAAACUACAACACCGCCACUAACAGUCCAUUACAAUCCUACAAUUCUUCAGUAGCUCAUUCUCCCAUAGAUACUAUAACUUAUCCUUUACGUCAAUCCAAAUCAAACCCCUUAGAUGAUUAUUUUUCCAAAAACAAGUUGAAACAAGAUAUUCUUGAUGAUUUUUUUUUAAACAGACUCAUCAACACUCCAAACGAUAGUACGCCAUUCCAAUCUUCACUUAAUAAUAGCACUAUCAACUCCACUUUAACAUCACCUACUUCAUUAAUGAGCUUGAAUUCAUAUGAUGAUUCAAAUAGUUCGAUACCUGAUGUGAUUGAUUUAAGUGAACCACUGUUGAAGAAAUUAAAAUUAGAGGCUGAGCAAUUUACAAGCGGUUCGUCUUCUACAUCUUCUUCUACAGGUGGUAUUAAUCAAUUGGGUUUAUUCAAUGAUGCCACCUUAGAUAUCAUUUUUGAUGGAGUAGUCGAUGAGUCGAUUAACGUUUAA